AUGGAUGCAUUUCUCACAUCCUUGAAGGUGACACAAACCAGUUCCUUUUUUAUACCAAUAGGUCUGGACGUAGUAGCUUGUGCUCAGACAGGUUCGGGAAAGACAGCCACUUUCCUCAUUCCUAUCAUUCAGUCUUUAAUGACCGAACUCAGACCUCUUUAUGCUCUCAUAAUUACACCCACAAGAGAGUUGGCCCAUCAAAUCGGAGAACAAGCUGCCGGUUUAAAUUUGAUACGAGGCACAUCAUUGUGCAAUGUGUUGGUUAUCACAGGUGGAAAGAGCAUCGUUCACCAAGGGAUCGAUCUGGCUCGUGGACCUCACAUUGUUGUGGCUACCCCAGGCCGUCUGGCUGAUCUGUUGCGUACACAACAGGCAGUUGCAGAGUCCAGUGAGACACCGUCAAAAGAAUGGUCCUUUGAUCGAACCAGGGUAAUUGUGCUGGAUGAAGCAGAUCGUCUGUUGGAGGAUAAUUUCGGUACAGACUUGGGAUUGAUAAUGAGUUCCCUACCGAAAAAGCGGCAAACUUUGUUGUUCAGCGCAACUUUCAGCGAUGCUGUCAGAGCCGCAGUCGAUUCAUCUCGCACCACUGCAAUCGAACAGAAUAGACGGCCACCAAUAUUGUGGCAACCGACCGGUGUUACCCCAGGUUCAUCUGCAACAAUUGGUGCAACUACGGUGGAUACCCUCUCACAAUAUUAUCUACUCAUGCGACCCGAACACAAAGAGGCGUUUCUAGUGCACUCGGUAGACCAGUUUCUAACAAAUAAUCCGUGUUCCCUGAUCAUGAUAUUCACCAAUAAAUGCAAAUGGUGCCAUUUGAUCGGCUUGAUGUUGAACAGUCUAGGCAUCAAAAGUGUGUUACUGCAUUCAUCUAUGCCACAACGAGAGCGAAUCUCUUCACUCACUCAGUUCCGUUCCAGUCAAGUCCGAGUGCUUGUUGCAACAGAUUUGGCUAGCCGUGGUUUGGAUUUCCCCACUGUGGAUAUCGUCAUCAAUCAUAACGUGCCUAUACGUCCCAAAGACUACGUUCAUCGGGUAGGGCGAACUGCUCGUGCUGGCAAGGCCGGUCUGGCUUUGACUCUCUGUGAUCUAUUUGAAAUCAAGCGAUUAAAAGCCAUUCAGGAUUUUAUUGGUAAGGAAUUGAUGGCUUUUGAGGUUAACGAAAAGAAAGUGGCAAAAAUUAUCACGGAAGUAUCGAUUGCGCGUCGGGAUGCUGAAAGGAAGUUGGAUGAAAUCCGAUUCGAUGAGAAACGAGAAAUAAACAAAGCAAAGAAGAUUUUGAAGGCUGCGAGCUCUGAUUGA